AGGUGAACGUUGUUCUUCUUUUGAUAAACUAAAGGAUACAAUAGAGCAGCGAAAGUUUCACCCAACAAAAAAAAGGUGCCAAGAUUAAGCUGUUUUCUGUUGAAAAUUUCCUCAAACAAAUCCAGCAGUAUGGUUCGUGUGCACGUUUUUCAUUAUUGUUUCCUGGCCACGGCCACGAUUCUAUCAGUCAUCAUCGAUUACACGUCAGGCUUGGAUUUGAUGAGUGUCAUGCUACGAAAUCCCGAAAUUCUCGAAAUGCUACGAAAUGGUGGUUUUGACACGCGGCCGCCAGCACGAAUUUUCCUCCCGCCAAAGUUCUAUUCGUCGAUUCUGUACGACAGUGGCCACCGCACUCCGGAAGAUGUUCUCCAGAACAAUCUUGAGCUUGUGAUGGGCGCCGUUUAUGAUGGCAACAUGGUCGACCGGAGCCCAUCAACGGCAUCAUUAUCGAAAACCGCGCUGACAGCCACAUCAAGCAGCAUUUUCCAGCCCCGGCCCAACACGAUUUCGUAUUCCGAUGGCAGCGCCGGAAAUCGCAAUAAAGGAAGCGGAGUAUUAGAGAAAAAUACUGUAACAAAUUUCAAAUCGUCGUUAGCACCUUCUCACGGAGCCGUUCCAGGCGGUAAAACGUCAUCAUCGUCAAUCGGCACGUAUCAGACAAGGAACGGCGAAUCUAGACUGAACUCCCCUAGAAGCCAGGAUGGGCCCUACAAUCUGCGGUCAGCAUUACCUGGUGAACCAGAUAUAGACUAUCCCAUCCUUGGACGCAUUCCCGAAACCAGUUUCAAGUGUCAUCAACGUCAUGAUGGAUAUUAUGCAGAUGUUGAAGCGCGCUGUCAAGUAUUUCGAGUUUGUGCAAAUACCGACGACACGGGAAAUGGAUUUGCUUUUCUGUGCCCGAACGGAACACUUUUCAACCAAAAAUACUUCGUCUGUGAUUGGUACAUGAACGUGCGCUGUGAGGAAAGUGAAAACUUUUACUCCCGCAAUAAGGAACUUGGCAAAACAACGACCAAUUUCGGCGAAAUGAUGGGAGCCGUAAUGUCGAUGGUCAGUUUCCCCCUAAUGUCCUCGUUGUUGGGCGUAGGUGGUGGCUCUGCCGACAGGGAAAAGUCGAUUCCAGCUGAUGGCCAAAGUGUUCCUGGAAACGAUGCAACUCGACAAAAUUUCCCAUCAGCUGGCGGAGCCGUAAAUUGGCAAGGAAAAUUGAAUCAGAAAAUUCAACAAGGCAAAAGCGCCGCUGUUCAAUCAAAUUUCAAUAAAGGAAACACUUUCGGAGCACAACCAGUCAAGACGAGGGGCCACGUGCCAGUGGCUCCAGAGACCGUCUACGUUUCUAACCUAGGCACGUUAUCCACCGAUCCCGAGUCCGGGUUCCAUCCCACUAAGUCUAGGUUGCUGCACUCAUCGAUUGCCAGGGAUCUUUUGCCGCCGCUGAGAACUGAAACGGAAGAUAUAAAUUCUUCGUUAUCGAACCAAUUUCGUCACAACCAAAAGCAACAUUCCCAACCAGCAUCUCCAAAGAUUCAACUUUUCAUGGCUCAGCUGCUCAAGACGUGGACCGAUCAAGGAUAUGCUAAAAUGCCAGCACAGCCGAACAAAAUUGUCCCACCUUCAUCAAUAUCGAUUCUUCCACCUUCCGGAGUGUUGCCGAAAUCUCCGAUACCGACCGAGCUUAGGAGAAACUUUGGGAUUCCUAAUUCCCAAUUAGUGCAACUUUCGUCAGCACCGUUCAAUCCUAACCCGAUCACCGUCCAGAAUGUGUACCCCAUAAAUAAGGUUACCGUUACUCCACAGCGUAACCUUCAUUCUGCACACGCUGCUCAUCGGAUUCCACCGGUGAGCUCUGGCCUUCCGCAGGGUGCUCAAAUAUUCACCCAUCAUCCCCCACCCAUCAGCACACCUCUCAGGCGCCCCCAAAUUCCUGCAACUAGCAUACUCCAACCAGCAGCGGCUCAACUGUCCCACCGAAAAGACCAACAACUGCCAUCCCAACGGAUAUCCGUGCCUCGAUUGCAGCAGACCGCUUCCUCAUCCUUCUCCACCGUCUACUCUGCCAGUGCUUUGCCCAGAAGAGAGGUCGGAUAUGAUAUCGAAAUUAUACCAGCAUUCGGUUACUAUCUAAAUAAUGAGCUCGAAAGAAAGUCCUUUCGGAAAUCAUUAAGCAGCAGUAGUGCAGGGACCACCACCGUCAUCAGUGAGCCGCGAACCUUAGGUCGAAUUUUCACAAAUCCGGCAAUCUAUUACAACGGAAUACCCUCGUCGUACGACAUUCCAAAAGUUGAUAUUGGACCAUACUAGAAUUUCAACGCGAAUCCCUUUGUCCCAGACCAAAAUGUGUCGGUGAAGUAGUUGGCAUCUAACGAUUUAGC